AUGCUCCCAGAUAUCACGAAAGCCUUUCACGAUUACUACUCAACGUUAUAUCACCUGUCGGACAAAUCACCGCCCAAAGAAGUAAUAGAUAACUUCCUAUUGUCCAGAAUAAAGCGUACGAUACCUACCGCAGACGCUAAAUCCUUGGAAGCACCCAUCACUUCAGAUGAGUUUAGGGCAGCG